AUGGAGUGGCCACAUAGACCACCUGAUCUCACCCCUUCGAUUGUUUUCGCUACGUUAACCGAACAGACAAUUUGGAAGAGAAUAGAAAGAGGUAGACACGAAAUGGCUCAUAUAACUCCGCAGAUGAUGGAUUACUUUGUGAAUAAAUCAAGAGAGUCAGAUAACGGGCGAUGCCGGUUUAAUCAACAAGGUCGAGGGUUCAUUGCAUUUGCUGCUUUCCUCGCCGUCGCCCGAGCUGGUAUUCUACCGGCAGCACCUCUAGCAUACGCAGCUGCGCCCGUCGGAAUCGCAGCUCCAAUCAGUUACCACGCUCCAAUAGCUAAAGCUGUAGUAGCUCCGGUAGCCAAAGCCGUCGUUGCCGAUGAUUACGAUCCUCAUCCACAAUACAAUUUCGCUUAUGAUAUUCAAGACGGUCUUACCGGCGACAGUAAAAACCAACACGAAGUAAGAGAUGGUGAUGUAGUUCAAGGAAGUUACUCUUUGACUGAUGCUGAUGGUUACAGACGUACUGUUGAAUACACCGCCGAUCCAAUCCACGGUUUUAACGCAGUAGUUCACAGAGAACCACUCGUACAGAAAACAAUUGUUACUAAAACUGUUGCUCCAGUAGCUUAUAGUGCGCCUGUAGCUAAAAUCGCUGCUCCUCUUACCUAUGCCGCUCCCGUAACUAAGUAUGCUGCUCCAGUUGCUCAUUACUACCAUUAAAUAUCUUUUUAGAAAAAAUGACUGUGUACAGAUAGGUAUUUAUUUUGAAUAAAUUAAUAUAGAAGGCAA